UAUGUGGGUGACCAGUGAGGGGCCUCGCACUCCAAUUGCGUUCGCCUCUCCGUUUCCUACUGUAGUAAGCGAUGGAGAAGGACAAGAACCAGCAGCAGAGGCACCACUUCGUCCUCGUGCACGGCCUCUGCCACGGCGCGUGGUGCUGGUACAAGGUGGCCACCGUGCUCCAGUCCGCGGGGCACCGCGUCACCGCGCUCGACCUGGUCGCGUGCGGCGCCAGCGCCGUGCGCGCUGAGGAGGUGCGCUCGUUCGAGGAGUUCUCCCGGCCGCUGCUCGACGCCGUGGCCAACGUGCCGCCGGGGGAGAAGGUCGUCCUCGUCGGGCACAGCUUCGGCGGGCACAACAUUUCGCUCGCCAUGGAGAGAUACCCGGACAAGGUCGCCGUCGCCGUGUUCGUCUCGGCGGCCAUGCCCACCGUCGGUCGGCCCAUGUCCGACCUGUUGGAACAGAACCUGAAAGCGAGUUCUACGACGGAAUUCUUUCUGGAUAGCACAUUUGGGAUCGUCGAGAACGACUCGGGGAAUCCGGUGCAGACAUUUCUACUGGGCCCGGAGUUCUUGUCACGGAACAUGUAUCAGCUCAGCCCCCCCGAGGAUCUGACACUUGCAAGGAUGCUGGUUAGGCCGGCGCAGAUGCACCGCACGGACAACGCGAUGAUCGGGGAGAACGUUCUGACGGAGGGCAAGUACGGGGCGGUGAGCCGCGUGUUCGUCAUCGCCGACGAAGACAAGACGUGGCCGGCGGGGGACCAGCGGCGGGUGGCGGCCUCCUGCGGCCCCGGCGUGGAGGUGAGGGUCAUCGAGGGAGCUGAUCACAUGCCAAUGUUGUGCAAACCAGUGGAGCUCUCUCAGCUGAUCAUGGAGGUGGCUGAGAAGUACAGCUGAGGAAACGUACGUCUGUUGUUGCUCGCUGGGAGACACCCCAAAGUUACUGAUCAAACAAGAAUGAUGCAUGUGUGAUAAGCCCGUUCGGAGCUGCCGCGCCAUUGUAUCGUGAAAGUAGAAGCACUCAUAUAUAUAUAGCGAAGUGUUCUUGUUCGGAAACCUAUCGUUUGUAGCAGAUCCGGUGUAUAGUUUGGGGUUUUCUAAAUCUCACUUAGCGUUUUAAGGGCUUCAACACAUGAAUUUUGAUGGCUUAGAUUUGUGCUUGGGGAUGGUGGUGUAUGAGAAAAGAAAUUUUCAAGUGUCUUAAGGCCUUCUAAGGGCAUGAUUGUCUUUUAUUAUGAUUGUGGAUUCUAUCUUUUAAAAUUAUAAUCGAAAAUAAACAUAUUGAUUU